AUGUCUAACACACACAUUCUUAUUCUUCUCUCACUCUUCUCGUCGUUCUUUGCCACCACCAACGCCUUCAUGCCAUGGAGCACCUUCCGCGACACCAUGUUCCCGUCGCGCGACAUGUUCCGCCUCAUCGAGUACGCGCCCUUCGAGAUGCCUCUUUCCGGCGACACGUUCGCCGCCAUGGUACGUGCGGACUGGAGGGAGACAGUGGCGGCGCACGUGAUCUCGGUGGACAUUCCGGGGGUGAAGCGGCGCGACGUGACUGUGGAGGUGGAUGAGAACCGCGUGGUGAGGAUCGGCGGGGAGAGGAGGGAGGAGGAGGAGGAGGGCGAGAAGUGGCACAUGGCGGAGAGGACAAACGGGAAGUUCUGGAGACGGUUCAGAAUGCCGGCGAAUGCUGACCUGGAGAACGUGACGGCGAGGGUGGAGGAUGGAGUGCUGAGAGUCACGGUGGCGAAGGUGGUGGAGGAGAGGAGGAGACACUCUAGGGUUAUUGAUAUUAUGCAGCAGGAGGUGAAAGGCACCACGGCCGAACUCUGA